CCAGCUGGAGCCAUUAAACCCCUCACUCCGCACUUACGUGAGCCAGAUCGCGAAAGCACGGUUCUCUAAUUACAACCUCCUACAAAAUAAGAAUCUGAAACCCACCAGGUUGCUCCCAGCCAAAGAAAUCACAACAAGUCGUAUACAGCAUGGCAACCGCAGACUCGACCACGGCGCCCGCACCGGCACCCUGGUACGCGGCAUACCCCGCGCCCAAGUCCGAGGUGGUUACCAUCUCGCGCGAGGAGGUGCUCGAGAUGCUCAAGACAACUCCGCUCGAGAAGAGAGACUUCGUUCUGGUGGAUCUGAGGCGGAACGAUUUCGAGGGCGGCACCAUCCGCGGCUCCAUCAACCUCCCAGCGCAGAGCCUCCCCCUGACCCUGCCUUCGGUAUAUGCCACAUUCAAGGCGGCUGGGAUGCGCAAGGUCAUCUUCUACUGCGGUUCGUCCACCGGCCGCGGAAGCAGGGCGAUGGGUUGGCUGGCGGACCACAUCGCCGAGGUGGGCGACAAGGACAUGAAGAGCCUCGCGCUGGCCGGGGGCAUCAAGGGCUGGGCGGCUGCCGGGCCCGAGUACGUCGCGUGGAUGGACGGGUACGACGCGGCGGUGUGGGAGAAGGCUGGCACGGGAUGUUAGCUGGAUGCCGCCUGGUCGUUCAUGUCGAGGAGUUUGCGCCGCGGCCUGCGUAAUUUGACGUUUUCGACUUGAAGUGGAAUUUCAUUUUCCCAGAUUUUUUGGGGGCAAUGUGGGCACCAUCUUGGUUUAUGGUGUCGAGAUGGCGGUCUCAAAGCGAGAGAGAGGUGUGACAAUGGGAAUAACGCU